AUGAAGCCCAGCACUCGGCUCUCCCUAGCCCCUCGUGCCUAUCUCUUCACAGCUCGCCGCGCCCUCGCAACAUCCACCCGUCUACGCAAAGAAUUUGCCAACCCAUUUACCAGUCCUGCGCCGCCACGACUCCCGCAAGAAGACCAGAAAGUCUUCGAAGAGCUCGUACAACAGUCCACAGGCGCCUUCUCCUCUCCACGCAGUCCGCCCAAGAUCAACCAGUCUCCCGACUCGUCACCAUCAGAAGCUGCGGCUGCGCAAGGCACGAUUGCCGCGCGGGCACAGAAUAUCGCCAACUCCGAGAUGGGCGCCGCCGCUGCUCAAGCCGCGGAGUCGAGCAAGGCUCAUUCCAAGAUGCGUUCAAGCGGGAGAUCAACGCACGAGGCAAAGGCGAGGAAUUACACCCGAACGUGCGACGAGGUGCGCCACCUGAAUUCGAAGGCGAUGUGA